AUCGUAGCUAUACUCUGAACUUGAAAUUUGUAAGUGUUGAUAUGAUGACAUGGUUGAUGUGUUGAACGAGAAAGUGCAAUGGAGAAGAGGCUUCGCUCAACUCUACUAUCCUCUGCGCAAGAAUUUAUCACCUUAGCCACAAAGCAAACCCUUAAAUCUUCAAAAUCAUCUUUCAAAACCCUAAUCAAUUCCAUUAAACCCUCCUCUCCCCUAUGCACUUCUCUUCCUUCCUCUCUCUGCGAUUCCAUCUCUGCCUCCGUCCAAUCCUUCCAGAACCUUCUAGAACCCAAUUCCGCAAAUCCUAGUUCCACUCGCACCCCUCCUUCCAAGCGCCUCCGUCGCUCUUCCCGCCAUUCCGACACCCCCUCCCAACCCCAAGCAGACGAGAAGCACCAAAUUCUCCAGCGCCUCGAAAUUCUCGCCCACUUAUCGCUGCUAUGCGUUUCGCACCCCAAAAAACCGUUCUCGCCCUCCGAUUUAAUGCCCGGCGUGCAGUUGCUGCACGAUAAUUUGAUCGUUUUCGAGUCGGAUUCGGUUCUCUCGUCGGCGAUUGAGGGUUUGUGCGAAGAAUGGUGGAAGGAGAAUUUGGCGGGGAGAGAAUCGUUGAUUUCGCAGAGCCUCCCCUUUCUGCUCUCGAGGUCGCUGACCCUAAAGAAGAAGGUGGACGUGCACAGGGUUUACGUGCUUCGGGAAGCGUUUGCUCUGUUUGAUUUUGAGGAUGAGAGUAUUGAGGAUUUGAAGCUCUUGUUGGUUCGAUGUGUAAUUUCACCACUGUAUUUGAAAACGGAGGAUGGAAGGAAGUUCCUGGCGUUUAUCUUUGGGUUAAGCGAUCAGCUUGGGAAGGAACUGUUGGCGAUGAUUCGUUCACAGAUACCGUUUGGAAGGAAGUCGAUGCUGGAGGCUUAUGGGGAUAUCCUGUUUCGGGCUUGGAAAGCUGCCCAAGGGGAUUCAAGGAGUGAAAUUGAGAAUGGGUUCUUGCAGGAUUUGAUUGAGGCUGCCAUACAUGCCAGUUCUGGAGCUUUUGCUUCAUAUAUUAGGAGGAUUUUGGGAGCUUUUAUUAACCAGAGGACCACUGACGGGGUUGAGAAGAUGCUUUAUCGACUUUCUGAGCCUGUCAUAUUUAGGUCUCUGCAGGUUGCAAACUCAAAUGUUCGUCAAAAUGCUUUGCAUCUACUUCUGGACAUGUUCCCCCUUGAAGAUCCUGCUGCCACAAAAGAGGAGAAAGAUACAUUGUUUGAUAAGCAGUUUUUUUUAUUAGAAAGGCUACUUACUGAUGAUUGUCCAGAAGUGAGAACAAUUGCUGUUGAGGGUUCUUGUCGCGUCCUUCAUCUAUUUUGGGAAGUGAUACCGUCACCCAUCAUAACAAAGAUAUUAACAAAACUAUUUGAUGACAUGUCUCAUGAUGGAUGCAAUGAGAUUAGGCUUUCUACAUUGAAUGGGAUCAUUUAUCUACUUCACAAUCCCCACUCUCAUGAAAUCCUUAAGGUGCUCUUACCAAGAUUGCGGCACCUAAUGUUGGACAAUGUCCAAACGGUACGUGUUGCUGCAGCAGAUCUCUUACUCCAUCUAAAGGAUGUCAGAAAUUUUCAGUUCAACAAGGUGGUGGAGCUAGAUUUGCUAUUGUCUGUGCUUGCUAGUGAUCAACCUCCUGUAGCUCAGAAGAUAACAAAAUUACUUCUACCUUCAUACUUUCCCUCAAAAGUACCAAUUGAGGAGGCAUGUAAUCGCUGCAUUACACUUGUAAGAAGGGCUCCAGUGGCUGGUGCAAAAUUUUGUAAGUUUGUGAUCUUGGAAGGAGCAUCUAAAACUCAACUUAUGGAACUGGUCAAAGCAUUUCUCAGUUUGGUUUUGUCACAGGAAAAGCUGGAUGAAAAUCAGAUUGAGGGUUUUCUUGUUGCUACUAGCUACAUUUGUGAUAACUUAGCAUGUGAACCAUGCUAUACAAAUGCCCUCAAAGAGUUACUUACUGGGGAGAAAGUGAGACAUUUACUAACUGUGGCAUCUAGAGGCCAAGCACAAUCCUCUUUAUUCAACAUUGUCUCCACUGUCUGUCCAGAUGAUGUUACUGGACUUCUUGAAGAAUCUAUGGGUGUUGUCACAAACUGCAGUGGUUUACCUGAGGAUGUUGAUCACCAAUCUGAAACAAGGUCUGCGCAUAAGUUGUUGCUUUCACUGGGUGGUUUUGAUGACAUGUUUGAAGCCUUAACAGCCCUCUUGCAUAAGGGUGCCUAUCGUUGCCACAUUAAAUUUGGUGUAGACAUGCCAUCUCAUAGUGUUUCAUUUGCUGAAAGAAAGAAAUCUAAAUCUUCUGGAAAAUUUUCAAUUAAAUCAAAGAUAAUUAACAGAAAGCAAUCUUUUGAGGAUGAUUAUUUAAUAGCUGUUGGGGUAGCAUGGCAAGUUAGAGAUUUGCUUCAGCAUGAAGAUACCAGAAAAGCUAUUUUCAAAUCUCAAACUUUAGAAAUGAUGUUUUUUUCUCUUAAGGUGAUUUCUGAGGUCAGCAUUGUGCAUUGCGGGCACUGUGAAUACAUGGAUGUAUCUCCUGUUUUGGCAUAUAUUGCCCUUGCACUACAAAUGACUGUUGAUAAUGGAGGCAGAAUUAAUAUACAGAAUGGUGAUAUGAAGAAGAAGAAAAACAAGAGUGAUUCUUCUUCUACAUUGCUAUCAGAGAAUGUGUUGGAGUUGACAAUAGAUCAUGUGCUCAACUGUUUAGAAAAAUUAUUUGGAGCAGAUGACAUGAAAAAACAGUAUGUGGAUUCAUGUAAGUUGAAGUCUACCAAAAGAACAAAUCAAAAUACCACCAAAAGGCGUAGGUUAUCGCCCACAGAUACGCAUCAUCCAAAUAACGGUGGAUCAUCUGUAUACAAAGAACCCCAACAAGUUUUUUGUAUGGUGAAGAUGCUUACUGCUGCUCUGAAAUUCAUGGGUGAUACCUCUGCAAUGUGUUUUGCUCCUCACAACCAUGGAUUAUUCUUACAUUACACAUCAAAAUGUGUGCAACAUAUCAUAUCUUCAUUGGAUCAGUUAUGUCAAAAGAAAAUUCAAUUUAAGGAAGAGGAUAAAAGAAAUGUUAUUUUUUGUCUGAAAAGCUCUUUCACCUAUGCAGCAAAAAUUCUCAAUAGGAUACUCACAGAUUCUAGUGGAUCCUCUAUAACUCCAGAAAAAGCUCUUGAUCUUGCCAAUAACUUACUUGAUUUAAUCAUUUCAAUUGAAUUGUACUUGGGCUCUGGGUAUGCAUUACGUCUUGUUGCAGCAGCAAAGCCUUGGCUGCCUGAUGUGCUUCUGGCGUUGGGAUCUACAAGUAUUCUACAACAAAACUGUGGUGCCGAACAAAUAAGUGCAUCUGAACAAAUGAAGUUACAUUUUCCAAAAUGGCCCUUGAUUGUAGCCAAGACUGAGCGCUUCAGAGUAAAUGAAGCUGAAGAAAAUGAUGAAUGUCCUCAACCAGAGAAAUUCUCAGCAUUCAAUAAGCUUUUGGCAAUGCUGAUUAUAUUACUGAAAAAAAAUCCUAGUAUAACGGAUGCUGUUGGGGUUAUUUUCCUGAUCUCUUCACAUGUUGGGCUUGAACAAAAGGACUUUGGGCUGGCAUUAGGACUCUUGCGGUUUGUUUGUUUUAAAUUGUUUAAACAUGAUGACAGGGAUUGGGGUGACGAGAUGCUGUCUUCUCUGCAAGAAAUCUAUCCUAAGAUAGAGAGGAAAAUUACAGAAGAAAAUGAUGAAGAUGAACUGGAGAAAUUAGUCUGUGCGAAGGAGUUGAUUGAACCUCUUUGGAUGUAUCAUCUAUAUGAAACUGGACGGGUCAUCAUGACUGAUGACUAAAAAUUGUUUUAUUUGCUCCAUUUGUAGGAAUUUGAUAGUAUAGUUUAUUAAGGCCACAUGUAUAUAACUUUUACAAUUGGCAACAAUAAAACAAACGGUAUAUUUUGUCAAUAUACUGCUGUUUUAUAUCCACGUACUCUGGCUUGCAU